AUGACAGACGAGAAUGUAACGGAUGAACUAGAACGGAAACUGGCGCUCAUUGCUCCAAAGUUUUUUAUUGAUGGAUCUUGUAUACAAGUAUUACUUAAACCUGAUGAAUUCUACAGUAACCUAAAGAAAAUGAUUCUGGAGGCGAAACGUAAUGUUUUUCUAACUACACUUUAUAUUGGAAAAGAAGAGAAAGAGCUUAUUGAAGUAUUGAGAAGCGCACUAACAAAUAAUUCAAUGCUUCAAGUAUCCAUAGUGGCAGAUGCACUGCGUUCUACAAGAGAAACACCAAAAGAAAGUUCAGCAAGCUUGUUAGUAACGUUGAAAAAGGAGUUCCCUGAAAGAGUUCAAAUUCGUUUGUACCAUACACCGAAUCUUCAUGGCUUCAAAAAACGUGUCGUCCCUCCGAGAAUGAACGAAGGUUGGGGACUUCAACAUAUGAAAAUAUAUGGAGCAGAUGACGCUGUUAUGCUAUCUGGAGCAAAUCUUUCGCACGACUACUUUACCAACCGUCAAGACCGUUAUCAUAUCAUACAUGAUAAGGAAGUAACCGCUUUUUACCAUGGUGUUCAUCAAGCAUUGUGCAAGUUAUCAUUUGCUUGCAAUCCUAAUUCGGGCAACAGUGACAUGAAGAAUGCGAUCCCGUAUAAGUUAGAAUGGAAGAACAGUGCCCCAAGUCCAUUGCACAAACCAAGAGCUUUCAAGAGAGAGGCUUCUUCAAUAUUUCGAUUCGCAUUACAGCCCGGUACUUUAAGCACACAAAAGCAUGCAGACACCGUACUAUAUCCACUCUUUCAACUUACUCCUAUCCUCGCUGGACCAUCAUCUGAAUCAACAGAAGCCACUGCAGUUUGCUGCAUUGGUGAACAGAUGACGAAGGAGAAAAUACCUUGGACGUUCACCGCUGGUUACUUUAAUGUCUAUCAAGAACUUCGCAGACAUUUGUUGAGUGCAAAAGGAAAAGGCACUGUUGUCGUUGCUUCUCAAACGGCGAAUGGAUUUUACAAGUCUCCAGGUCCCUCAGGCAUGAUUCCGGGUGCGUAUCAAUACAUAGCAGAACGAUUUCUUUCCGUGGCAAAGAAGCUACAUUCACCGCUAGAUGUGGAAGAAUACGCUAGAGACAAAUAUACAUAUCAUGCCAAAGGUAUUUGGUUGAACUCGUUGAAAACAAGCCAUCCAUUUCUUACUACAAUAGGAUCUUCAAAUUAUACAAGACGAUCUUUAAAUUUGGACUUGGAGGCAACUGCUGUUAUUGUCACUAGGAGUGCCCCCCUUCAACUUGCAUUUGCAGCAGAGAUUCAAAACAUCAGAACUUUCUCAUGCUCAAUGCAGCAGAAAACAUUGGCUAAAGUGCCAUUGUACGUAAAGACAUUCACCAAAUUAUUUCAAGGGAAAUUGUAG